AUGUCUAAACCAAUUUCACUGAGAAUUUUGAUCGAUGAAGAGAAAAAUAAGGUCUUAUUUGCUCAAGCAGGGAAAGAUUUCAUGGAUAUCUUACUAAGCUUCUUAACAUUUCCCUUGGCCACCAUUGCAAGACUUGUUAACACUGAAUCUAACAUGCACAAAGUUAGUUUUGGAAGCAUAAGCACUUUGUAUGAAAGCGUGGCAAAUCUUGAAGAACAGCAAUUUUGGACACCAGCUUGCAAGAAAAUGCUGCUUCAACCAAAGAACUCAAUGGAAGACUAUUACCAAAAUCUUAAGCAUAACAUUGAUGUCACAGAAGAAACUGGUUAUUUUAUAUGCGAGGAUUGGUACUGUAGUCGUGAUUCAAGUGGUGGCUUGUUGACCACAUUCUCUAAUUUGAAAUGCCGUUGUGGGAAGUUUAUGUCUUCAUUGAUUUCUCUAUCGGGUAGUGAUAAGAUUGAUCACAGUGAAGGAUUUGUCACAGAUGCAGCAACUUUUAAUAUUUCAGAUGAUUUAAGUGUGAAGCCGGAUAGUUUUCAAAAUUCUAUCUGCCAACCCAUGAAUCUUCUUGGACUUGAAAACUUCAAUGCUAUCAAGUUUAUAACUGUUGAGGUCACUAAGAAAGAGAUACUGGAUUUAUUGAAGUGUGCCUUAAUCUCGAAGACACCAUUGACAGACAUAUUUUUGCUUAAGAAACAGAAUCUUGGGAGUCCACAACUCAACACUAGUGUAUUGGAUUUGCAUAGUAAUAUUGUUGAGGAAAAUGAAAGAAAGAAAUUAAAAAUAAAGGUAAUGCUAAGAAAAUCCAACAACAAAAUUUUAUUUGCUUUAGGUGAUGCUGAUUUUGCAGACUUCAUUCUUAGCUUGCUAACAUUUCCUUUGGGAGGAGUAGAACACAUGUUAAAGGGAAACUCAUGUGAUUCAAGCAUCAACAAUUUUUACAAGAGCAUUGUUGAAUUGGAUAGUGACACAUAUUUGAGAUCCUCUGAUUUAAAGGAUAAGUUGGUUAAAUCUAAACUUGCUCACCAGUUCAAACUCUGUGACCAGUUGUUACCGUUUGAAGAAACGUCUGCGAUUGAUUACUUUAUUGUGUCAAGAUAUAAUAGGCGAAAAACUGGAUUUCAUGGAUAUUUAACUGCUUUUGAGGAACCUUCAAUAACUUCAAAAGAGUUAUGUGUUCCAUUGAAAUUUGUGGAGCCACAGUCAUCAAUCGGUGAAGAGUAUGGUGAAUGUGGUGGAAGAGGAUUCAUGAAGGGUCCGGCAUUGUACAUGGUGACUGAUGACUUGGUGGUUACUCAAAGUACUUCUGUUUCUGUCAUUUCAUUUUUGAGUAAAUUAGGUGUUCCUUCUUCUGAUUUGGAGGAAAAAGUGAUUACUAUUGGAAAAAAAGAGGGUCUUAGCAUUUUGAAAGCUUCUUUGAUGUCAUGUUCUGCUCUGACCAAUGGACUUGGUCCAUUUCUUAAAGUCAAGGUUCAGACAUUUGUUAAAGUCAAGGAUGAGAAUAUCUCAAACUAA